AUGCGAAUCCUUUUUUCUGACGAAAAAUUUUUUGAUAUUGAUGGUAUUUAUAACUCUCAAAAUGACAGAAUAUGGGCUUCAAAUCACGUUGAAGCUGAUAGCAUCGGAGGAAUCAAGCAGCGAAGAAAAUUUCCUGAACGUGUUAUGGUUUGGUUAGGAGUUUGUUCAAAAGGUGUAUCACCAUUAGUUAUUUUUGAAAAGGGUACCGUUAACCAUGAAAGGUAUAUUGAAGAAGUUUUAUCAGUUGCCAAAAAAUAUGGCAAUAAAGUAUUUGGUGAAAACUGGAUAUUUCAGCAGGAUGGUGCACGAGCACAUACACACCGAUUGACACAACAAUGGUGUCAGGACAAUUUUCCUGAUUUUUUUCCUAAAGAACGUUGGCCUCCAAAUAGCCAAGAUUUGAACCCAUUAGACUUUUCUAUCUAG